UAACGUCAUCAUGGGAAAGAAAAGUUCAAAAUUGAAACAGGAUACGAUCGAUCGUUUGACAACGGAUACCUACUUCACAGAAAAAGAAAUCAGACAAUGGCAUAAAGGCUUCCUGAAAGACUGUCCAAAUGGUUUACUUACAGAACAAGGUUUUAUCAAAAUCUACAAACAAUUCUUCCCCCAAGGAGAUCCCAGUAAAUUUGCCUCUCUAGUGUUUCGAGUAUUCGAUGAAAAUAAUGAUGGUUCAAUAGAAUUUGAAGAAUUUAUACGAGCCCUGUCGGUAACAUCGAAAGGCAAUUUGGAUGAAAAAUUACAAUGGGCAUUCCGCUUAUACGAUGUGGACAAUGAUGGCUAUAUAACGCGAGAGGAAAUGUACAACAUUGUGGAUGCGAUUUAUCAAAUGGUGGGACAACAACCGCAAGCGGAGGAUGAGAAUACACCACAAAAACGGGUAGAUAAAAUAUUUGAUCAAAUGGAUAAAAAUCAUGAUGGAAAAUUAACACUGGAAGAAUUUCGUGAGGGUAGUAAAGCUGAUCCACGUAUAGUUCAGGCGUUAAGUUUAGGUGGUGGUUAAAUC